AUGGAGAAAGAUAAAUCCCCAAAUAUCGGUGGGAAUCUAUUACCUCCUUCUGGUCGACAUUCAGUUUUUUCACCUCAAUCUGGGAACAACUUUGGUCCAAAACCAGAGCCAUCAGGAUCAACAACAUUACCUCCAAGUCCAAUCGGACAUGUCGCAUCAGAUUCUAGCCCUUUUAGUCAUGAUAUCAGCAGAAUGCCUGAUAAUCCACCCAAACAUUUAGGCCAUAGACGCGCACAUUCAGAAAUCCUGACUCUACCAGAUGAUAUUAGUUUCGAUAGUGAUCUUGGUGUUGUCGGUGGCUUCAAUGGCCCUUCAUUCUCCGAUGAAACCGAAGAAGAUCUGUUUUCUAUGUAUCUUGACAUGGAUAAGUUAAACUCUUCAUCCGCAACAUCAUCAUUUCAAGUAGGCGAUUCAUCAUCUUCUGGAAUCCAAGCUUCAGAACCUGCAACAUUGCAACCUGAGAAACCUAGGGUUAGACAUCAGCAUAGUCAGUCAAUGGAUGGGUCAACCACAAUUAAGCCUGAAAUGCUCACUUCAGGCCCUGAAGAAACAUCUUCUGUUGAUGCUAAGAAAUCCAUGUCUGCUGCAAAGCUUGCUGAACUUGCUCUUGUUGAUCCAAAGCGUGCAAAAAGGAUAUGGGCAAAUCGACAAUCAGCUGCAAGAUCAAAGGAAAGAAAAAUGAGAUACAUUGCUGAGCUUGAAAGGAAAGUCCAAACACUGCAAACUGAAGCAACUUCACUCUCUGCUCAGCUCACUCUUAUGCAGAGAGAUACAAAUGGUUUGACAGCUGAAAACAGUGAACUGAAAAUGCGCUUACAAACCAUGGAACAACAAGUCCACUUACAAGAUGCUUUGAACGAUGCAUUGAAGGAGGAGAUUCAACAUCUGAAAGUAUUGACAGGACAGAAUCUUUCAAACUUUCCUCAGACAUCUUUUUCAUCAAACCACCACCAACAGCCGCCACAGCAGCAGCAGUUUUACUCCAACAACCAAGCCAUGAACAUGAAUAUGAACAUGAACAUGAACAUGAACACCAUGCUAACUGCACAGCAGUUUCAGCAACUCCAGAUUCAGUCACAAAAGCAGCAGCAGCAGCACCACCUCCACCGCCAGUUUCAGCAGCACCACCAACAACAGCAGCAACAGGAGCACCAGUUUCCGUCGGAGAUGAAGCAGAGGACCCAAAUGACGAAUUUGCCCCUGAAAGAACAUGGUGCUGAUUUCAACCUACAUGCGCCUAAGGAUUGAGAGAAUGUUAGUAAUGGAAUGGAAUGGAAUAUGGAAUUGGGAUAGAUAUGUGUUUGAAGGGUAUUUCUGUCUUUUUUUUUUUUUCUUGUAGGUUGUUAAAAGAUGGAGUAUAUGUUGUGUUUGUUUAGGUUGUUGGUCAGUAGUGGUAUUGAAUGACUUAAUUGCUUUUGGUUGAUGUUGAUGGAUGAAGAAAAUGUCUAGAGUAUAUGGAGGAUUUUUAUUUUUUAAUUUUUUGAAGUGGUGUUACUGUUACUUUAUCUUUUUAGUUCCCUGAUUACUACUACCUUAUGUUGUAUCUUUUUUAUUAAGGUUAGGGUUAAAUGCAAGAAGUAGCAAUAUGCUUGCGUUUAUUUGUUAAUUGUAACAUCGUAUUUUUAUUUCUAAU